ACUAGUUUCAACAUAGUCAUGUCAGUAUGGAUGGAAAUAUUUGUGCAUUGUGAGGUUUGAGAUAGUUCGAUAAAGUUAUACAAAUUUUAUGUAUUCUAGUUCGUAUUUUCGUUUUAAUUCGUCUGAAUGGAUCACACAGUACUGUUGGAUUUGAUGGUGAAAUGAAGUAGUACUACCAAUCGCUGAUAUUGGAGAAGAAUGUUUACAGUUUUAUGGAGGCUUGACAGUUCCAUCAAGUGAGAUCAAACCCGUCCGUGGAAAGAUGAAAGUGUUAUAUAGAGUAGUGUUUUGCAUUUUGCUUGCGUAAAAAUAUUACCAGUCACGCGCGGACCACUCGUAGUGACGGACUACGUACUGAUAGUAUAGGAAACCCGCAGUGUUUUGACGAUUGACGGUAGUCGUCCCUGUUCUGUUUGUGGAAGAACGGUGUUAGAGUAACAGUUAUACAAAUCAAAUAAAACAUCAGUUGAUAAUCAGGUCAUUGAUAAGAAAAGCACUAGCUGUUGGACCUUUCUAUGCAACUCAUUCAACCACGGAUGCCUCAAGAAAUGAGUAAUAAUUGAAUAAUAAAAAUGGAGGAUCGCAGUAAUAGUAAAUAUACUACCGGAGUGCGGGUCUGAAAGAAGUAUUUAUAUAUUGGAAGAAAUAUUACCUUUAAACAGACGUUCGCUCGCACAUACCCGCUUUUUAUUUGUGUAAGAGGCAUCUAUUUCUUUUAUUAAUGUAAACAAGUAAAUGUUGAGACAUAUAUUCUACGAGAUCACCGUAAAGUGUUGGGGAUAGAUUUACAAACUCGCGGAGGAGUUUCCAGCAGGACUGCACAAGGCGAAUUGAAGAAAUUGCCCUUCGUACACCGCACUUGGCUAUAAUUAUACAGAACACCUAUGUGGUAAAUGGUAGAAAGUUUCAAUCUUAGUGCAACUUUGUUGUAUCGGCGAAGGCAGUGCACGAUAUUACCGUAGUUCUAUUGCCGUGGUGAGACAUAAGUUGGCACGUAUGCUCACAUGGUCUUACUAGCGGGGUUGCGUGAGACUACGCAAGCUAUAACUCCCGCAAGAAAAAUAACAAUCGUCGGUGAAUUUUGUUUGUAAAUUGCGGAACAGAACACUUAAACGAGUAUAAUUCAGAUCUAUUAUAAGUUAACAUUGGGCAUGGUCGAACAGAAACCGAAGAUGAAAGUUAAUAAAAGUGAAAUUCGUGUAAUUAAACUUAAGUACAUAACUGAAUCGGUAAAAUGAGCGGUGUUCGAUGCCUUUCAAUCGGUACUGUCAAACAAUCAAUGUCUGGCAAACGGUUUAAAACCUGCGUGCACAUAGAAACUAAACUGAAUCCGACAGACAGGCAGUAUGGUUGAUUUGGUUUGCUAGUGCAAUACGGAGAAACACCAAAAAAUGAUUACCUCGCUGUUGUAUUUCAAACGUAACUGUGUAGAAGUCCACGAACUAAGCGAUAAAAAUUCAGAUCAACGGUAUUGUGUUUAAACGCUAAUUAGACGCAGAACACCGUGAUAAACUCGUUAAAUCUCCAACUGUUGAGAACUGUUUAUUAUUGAUCCACGCAGUAUAGUCAGGUGAAUCGAUAGGGUGAAGAAGCGAAACUGGCAGAGCAAUUAAAAUUUAAAAAAUGAAAUUUGUGUCAAUUCUUAUCACAUGUUAUGUUGAAAAGAAAACGUCGAAAUAAAUUGUGUGCAAGUGAUGUAAUAAUAUAUGCAGAUGAAAAGCCUAAGGCGAGAGUGCCGGAUUUGUAGUUUUGAAUGUGCUGAAAAAAAGUUGCAAAAAUCACAUCACAAGAAACUGCAAUAACACAAAGGAACAGCGUUCAGCCGAAGAAAUAAAACGAAUCUAUCCAUUUGAGUCAAUGAAACUAGUACGAUGCGGAUGGAUGAAAUUAGCAGAGCGAUGAUCCAUUUUGCAAGAAGCUACGUUUUGUGCAGCAGGUUCGAACCGUCCAUCGACAGAAUGUACCAUUACGCGAACAGCACAAUGAGUUCACCGACCAGCCAAUUUUUCAAGUUCCUAGCGAGAUUCUCAGGAAGAAGACGGAUAAGUUAUCGGUUACGAAGGUUAUCCAACCUGUUUUUUCCCUAUGUUGCAAUUUUCCUAAUAUUAAGUACAGUAUGCAGAGUAACAGAUGCUUGUUCGAGUCGGACAACGCCUAAACCUCGUCCACCUAGUCCGACCCCUCGACCAAAUAUUACAUUCCAUACCUACAAGUGCCCGCCGGCGUACGCGGCCUGGUACUGUCUCAACGAAGCUACCUGCUUCACUGUUAAAAUUGGUGAUUCAUUGUUGUAUAAUUGCGAGUGUGCUGAUGGUUAUAUGGGUCCUAGGUGUGAAUACAAAGAUCUCGAUGGAUCUUAUCUGCCAACUCGGCCUCGUGUGAUGCUGGAGACUGCAAGCAUAGCGAGUGGUGCCAUUGUCGCUGUGGUUCUGGCAACGAUAGUUUGCUGCUACAUUUGUGUACGUAAGCACCAGCAGAAGAAAAAAAGACUGGAAAGUGCGAACGGUGGUGUCGACACGGUAGACGGCGUACUGCGGACGGUGCGGAGUGAUCAACCCAAACGACCUUUCGGACCGCAUCAUCUGCGUACGAUUCCGAUGAGCGAAACGCUUAAUCGAUAAAUGCCAGCCAUUAGUAAAUAGCAUAUUCAAAAGACAACUGAAUGCCUUUUAGCAAGAAGCAGAACACCUCAGUAGGAGCGUUGCAGCAAAAGUUCCGUUCGAAAAUUUGGGGAUAGCAGAACCAGUAACAAUGGUGUUCCGGUGAAUAACUCAAUGCUGCCAUGAAUUCUUACAAACUUCUAAUAUAUUGGAGCUACACCAAGAGAUAAUGGAUGAAAUAACCAAUUCCUUCCGGAAUGACAGUCGACGAUAGAUGUCCUUCAGCAGCAAUCACUGUCGCAUCCGGAUUUUUACAUCGCGGAAAUGUUCUAGAUCGAGCGCUGGUGCCGGUAAGCGAAGCGUCUGGUUUGUAGAGACACAAACAGUUACUUUUAUACAUGUGCAUUGUAUUACUGAUAUUAACAACAGGUGCCUCUAUAGUAAUAGUUGAUUUGUGAUUCCAAGAAUGUAACGAAACAAGUGGAAGAUAACUGACAUUAAGUUUGUUUCAGACAGUUUUAGGUGUAACAUUGCUAAAUGAUGAAAAAUACCGCUUCACGAAACGACAUCCUAUUCGUGAGUUGAACAGUGAUAUGCCGUCCUCAGUUACUAGUUUUCCGGCCAAAACAAAAUAGAAAACCACUCCGUGAUACCUUCUUUUGUAUUUAAUGAGAUAGUAGGUUAAAAUUUUGAUCAUUUUUAGAAGAACAUGUCUCCGGUUUUAUUUUAUGGUAACUGGGACGGUUGUAUAGAAUUUUAGCUAGAUUCGGCACUCGAAAUUCUUACGAAGAAAUAAACUAGCCGUCACUAAUCUUGCCAAUUAAAAAGAAAAGAGUAUCGCUACAAAUUUUAACACAUUACUUAACGUGCCAUCUUCUAAUUUCGGUUCGUUUCGCAACUGUGUCCAGCACAGUACUUGCUGAAUGAAGCAAAAGCAUAAAAAAGUUGCCCUCGCAUGGACAUCUAGCGUUCAAUAACCACAAUUAUGACAUUUCUGUUGAGGGAACAAGAUAAGCAUUUGAAAACGUUUCACAACGUUGCAGAAAAAAUUAUGAAACAAAACUCAUUUUAUUGUAGAAAACAGUGUGACACUGACAGUUUUUUCGUAUUGAAAAUCAGCCAGACCAAGUCGAAACAAAACAACUAAUUUAUUUGUACAGAUAUGCCAAAAUAACAAAGAUUGUAAUAAUCUUUACACUAUUUUAAUUGUUACAACAUCCUGUCCAGAUUAGCCGCAGCUCUAGAGCUUACCUACUUCAUUUAUUUAAUUAUUUAUUUUAGUUAUUCCAAUGAAUUGACAUGUUAAAAAUUGAGUUACUGCAUUAAAUAAGACAAAAUGAAAGAUGAGUUUGUUUGGAACGACUAGUGAAACGAAAAACGUGAUAACCUAGAAAUCAUUAUGUUGGAUGAUUCACACUCAUAUUCCCUAUUGUGAGGCAAAUGAAGUAGAUUCGGAAAUCAGCUGAUUCAUAAAGAACAUGAAACAUUAUCGGUACGGUUUCUACUGCGGGAAAAACCGAGUAAUAAAAACACGCAUUACACAUCCAAGAGAAGGAAACACAGAACUAAUUAAUUUUUAUACAUCUUCAUAAACUUAACGAAAUCACCACUGUAAGGAGAAGAAAUCCUUACAAGUAACAAGGUAACAUGUAAAUAUGAUUUUUUCCGGAACCAGCCGUAACAGAAGACAUUUCAUCUUGGUACGUGUUGUUUAAUUUAAGUUUAGGCAGAUAUUUUAAUUAUUAGGUAGAUAGAUACUUUUAUUUAAUUACUUAUUUCCAAUAAGUUCCGUUUCCAUCGAGGCAAAAGGUAAUAUUUUGCUUGUUGCAAAACGACACAGAAGUUGUGAAUAUCAGCUGCUUUCUUUUUUACAUCACUUACGGUGUCCUAUAAUGACAGUAUUCGUUAGGCUAUGUUCGAACUAGGGUUGGCCAUUUUUUGAUAAAUUGGAAAUGUUCAGCAGUUUUGUCGUGUACAUCCACAUUCCUAUUGCGGAGAUGAUAUUGGAAACCCCGUGUACCGGAAAUACACAGAAGGCAGCAUAAUGAUUCUUACCAAACUGAUUGCACUUGUAUUAUAUUUAUUUGUAAAAAAAGAGAUCAUAUUAUCUUUAUGUAUAUUUUUGAGCUUUAAAUAAAAUUAAUCAACAUUUUUGUUGGUCAUUAAUCAUUAAUUAUAAUUGA